UCUGGUGAACCGAUAAUAUAGAUACACAACCCGAAUUCAAUAUAACAACGAAUCUUAUACAUAUAAAUACUAUGCAUAUAUCUCUUACACACCAACUACAACAGUCAUAUUUAGUGCUACGAAAUAAAAUUCGGUUCAUUCAAACACAUCAAAUAGCUCAAAAUAGUAAUAUCUUUUAGGUUUCGUUACACCAUGAAAAUGGAAACAUUUUGAAAUCUUAGAAGGGCUUAAAUCAACAAUCGUAUCGUAUACAACCGAAAGAUUAUUGGUUGAAAUAGUCAUGGCUUUGGUGAAGGUUGUGUUGACUGUGGUGCUCUUUUACUGUUUGAUUGCAACACAAAGAUACUGGUAUUUUCUUAUCUCAUGGUUUGUUAAUGUGGCUGUCAUUGCAUCGAUUUCGUGGUGGAUUGCCAGAAGAAUUACGCGAGAUUUUCUGUGCAAAACUAUUUUUCCCAGAGUUGAUCCAACGGGAAAAGCAGUUCUGAUUACAGGAUGUGACUCAGGAUUCGGCCAUAUGACUGCUAUAGAACUGAACCGAAUCGGAUUUUUCGUUUUUGCUACUUGCCUUGAUUCGAAUGGAGAAGGUGCUAAAGAAUUGCUGACAAAUGCACAAUACCGAAAUCGCAUCGUAACCCUUAAAAUGAACGUAACAAACCCUGAUGAGAUAUCAGCAGCCUUUGAUAGAGUCCAGCACGUACUAAGUGACUCAAGUUCUGGCACGAAUGAAUUAUAUGCAAUGGUAAAUAAUGCCGGUAUCGGACUAUCCAGUCCAAUUGAAUGGGCGAAAGAAAAUUCCCUAGAUCCGUACGACACGCAUAUUGAUGUAAAUACGAUGGGAGUGAUUCGUGUCACGAGAAAAUUUCUGCCAUUGAUUCGAAAGUCAAAGGGACGAAUAGUUAAUUUGUCUUCGAUCGCAGCCCGUACUAAUUUACUCGGAAUAAAUCCGUAUUCUGUUUCAAAAGCUGCGACCUCUAAAUUCACGGAAGGGCUUCAGGAAGAAUUGGCUCCAUUCGGUGUCACAUCGAUCGACGUUAAUCCGUGGUUUUUCAAAACUCCAAUAUUAAAUCCACAAAACAUAAUUACAUCUGCGUUCAAGAGAUACAACGAGUCGACCGAAGAUGUUCGAACCACGUAUGGUCCAGAAUGGCUGAGAAGAGUCGCGAAGGGAGUGGUGACUUUAGUAACCGAUCCCAAUAUAGUCAUUCAACAUCCAGAACAAGUUGUUGACACUCUCGUUGAUGCAAUUACUUCAGCUGAACCGGAUGCAGUAUACCGGGUUAUAUCGCCUGGUAUAAGGGGAAUUUUUUGGGUGAUUUCCGAUUUCCUUCCUUGGGAAUUAAUUAUCUACUCCAGAAGGUUACUGAAUAAACUUCAAGAUUUGAGGAAAGUUAAUGUGGAUGAGUAUCUAAGUGAUUCGAUGUUUAAGUAAACGUAAUUACUGGUAAGACAGUAAAAAUACCUAAUAUUAAAUCUUCAAAUAAAAAUCGAUGUUCUACCAUCCGUUUUGUUAGCAGACCAUUACAGAAUUAUAAUCAAAAGAAAAAAAAAACAAAAAAUUACUUUAGUUUCUAAGUUUCGUUCGGUGCAAUUCAACAAAAGUCAAUUACAGAAAAUCUAGUACUUCAUGCAUGUGCAAAUUACCGAAUCCAGAAAUACAACAGAAAACUUUUUUAUUCAUGAUUCUCGAUAGUUCAUAGAAGAAAGUUUGAAAUUUCCAUUAUAAUUCUGUUUUUAAGCUUCGUCUAAAUAGCAGUGAGACAGCAGUCGGACGUCGUCAUCAGUUCAAAAAAUGUAUUACGUUUUAUAAAGUUUGCAGCGUUGUCAACUUUUAUAUUAUUAAAAGCCUGUCAUAUGUUUAUCAGCAUUUAUUUAUCUUUGAUGCAGAUGAUGUAAGUUUUUAGGAAUGAAUUAAAAUAAAUGAAAAUUGAU